AUGAAGAAGACUAUUUAUAAUACAUGUGUUUUAUUAACAAUUCUUAACCAUUUAUAUCAUAUUUAUGCACAAGACUGUGAACUACCAAGUGAAGAUUUUCCUAAUGGCUCUAUGACAGUGUUUAAUACAACUAGACUGAGACUCCACUAUACAUGUGAUAUAGGUUUUACUUUAUUAGGGGAAUCAAAACAAGUCUGUUCUGAUAAUGGUCAAUGGGAACCUGAUUAUCAACCAAAGUGUGUUCAUCCUAAUGUUUUUAGACCAAAAUGUGCAAGAAAAUCAUUUGGUUUGAAUUAUAAGAUCCGAUUCAGUUCCACGUCAUUAUUUCAUGAUGUAGGUGAUAUCGCCACGGUGAUCUGUGAUCCUGGUUUUGCCACCACUGGAGGGCGUUAUAAAGAGAGUUUUCAGAUUAUUUGUGGCCCAAAAGGACAAUGGAUCAUGGCUGAUGGAUCUAAAGGUCUUUUAUCAUGUUCAGUACAAAGAUGUCCUUUACCACCAGCUGUACCUAAUGCCAUACAUAGUUAUGGUACAUCACCUCCUAUGGGUGAAGGAAGCAGACUGGAAUAUAGCUGUAGACCAGGUUACACAUUAGUAGAUAAAACCAACAACUAUUUAACAUGUACUGGUGGUAAUUGGGAAGGCUCUAUACCUACAUGUGUGCCAAAAGCUGGAUGUCAUGUGCCGAGAGAUAUACUAAAUGGUCGAUGGACUAUAGUAUCUAGUGGUAGUGACAAUAACGAUAAACAGUAUCCUGUUGGUACAAAAGUACAGUAUUAUUGCAGUCCAGGUUAUAAAGCAGUCGGCUCCACCAUGUUGGAAUGUACUGAUAUCUUUUGGUCCAAAGUUCCGCCAUUUUGUAUUGUUGAUACAGAACCAGUAUGGUAUUGUCCUGAACUAGAGAAGAUAGAUAAUGGAUUAUGUAAAUGUGAUGAAGAAGAUAGUAAUAAUCUGAUGUUUUGUAAACCAUAUGAACGAGGUGUUAAGAUACAAUGUAUGUGUAACAAGGGUUAUACUCUAGCUGGUAUGUCGGUAUUAACCUGUACCAGAGAUCAACAUAGACAGCGUGGUAUCUGGGAUGCUGAUAUUCCAUAUUGUCUAGCUUCCUCUGAAGUAACAGUUAAGAAAGAUAAGAAUAAAGAAUCAAGUGAUGCACCUUAUUCCAGUGAUACACCGUACUCAAAUGAUGCAUCCAGUUCUGUUUCUAACCAUGUCAGUACUCUAGUUAUCGUCAUAGCAACAGCUUGUAGCGUACUGGGUAUAUUAUUAUUAGUCAUGGUCAUCGUGGUGUUCAGACGUAAAAAACAGCGUCCACAUUUAUUCCACCCUGGUAUGACCCCAACACCAUAUUCACGAGUGAACAUCAGCUCCAUUGAUGAUCACGACAGAGUUGCUUUAAUGGCGUACGCUGAUGCAACGCGAGUUCAUCUCCCUACUUACGAAGAAGCUAUGCAGCAAGGUCAAGGCCAGUUCAGAUUACCAAACAGUACAGUAACGACACCUACUUCAACACAAGGUUCAGAGUAUCGUCCCUUGCCUCAUAUCCCACCUACUAUUAGAAAUAUUCAUAAUGGAAGCGAUAGCAAUAGACAUUCGUCAGCAACGACCAGUACAAUGAAUAGAGGCGAUGGUACUUCUGAGAUUUUUGGAUCGUUAGAUACGGUCAAUGUGAGUAUGAGUGAUGCUUCAACAGCUGGAACUGUAGAAACAUUUGAUAGUGGUACAUCAACUAGGUCUAUUAGCUCACAGAGAGCUACAGCAGGUAGUCUGAUGUCAUCUGCUGAUAAUUUAGCAAAUGAUGAUGUUAGGUUACUGGAUAACAGAAGUGAUUGUACAGAGUUAACAACACAAGAACCAAUAGAAGAGAAAGAAGAUUAG